AUGGACGAGAAACCAAAUGGAUGGGGCACAGAAGAUGUUGAGAUAACGCAUGAUCAAGCUGAAUUAGACUCUGAGAGAGAAGCAGAAGAAUUGGAGGAGGGUAAAGAUGAAUUUUCGCACCUCUGGCUAUCAGCCGUUGUGUUCGGUGGGUAUCAGGGUGGUAGAUUGACAGCGGGAACCAUGCCAAGGGCUCCCAUUAUACGGUAUAAUGCUACUGUGUACCAGUACCCCACCGAAAAAGCGAGGGUACCCGGGGGUACCCCCGCUAGGGAAGUCAAGCAGAGCAUUCCUCGACUCGGACAACCCCCAAUGGGAAGGCGAUAG